CAUGCACUCCUCCUGUCUCUCCAUCACGGCUGCACGACGGAGGGGAGCUGCACCAACACUGAAGCCUCCAUUCUCCCACAACAUGGAACCCAUUCCAGCGGGCCGAGACUCCAGCUCCUCGCCGGGCUCCAAACAAGAACUUUCUUACCCGAGCUCCAACAACCUGAAGCCCAACCAGGUCGGAGAGACGGUGCUGUACGGAAUACCCAUCGUGUCCCUGGUGAUAGAUGGCCAGGAGAGGCUUUGUCUGGCGCAGAUAUCCAACACCUUGUUGAAGAACUACAGCUACAACGAGAUCCACAACCGACGAGUUGCACUGGGCAUCACCUGUGUGCAGUGCACUCCAGUCCAGCUGGAGAUCCUCCGCCGGGCCGGCGCCAUGCCCAUCUCCUCCAGGAGGUGCGGUAUGAUCACUAAACGCGAGGCCGAGAGACUUUGCAAGUCGUUUUUGGGAGCUCACUCGCCUCCCAAAUUGCCGGAGAAUUUCGCCUUCGAUGUGACCCACGAGUGUGCGUGGGGGAGUCGGGGCAGCUUCAUCCCGGCCAGGUACAACAGCUCCAGGGCCAAGUGUAUUAAGUGUUCGUAUUGCAACAUGUAUUUCUCCCCAAAUAAGUUUAUAUUCCAUUCCCACCGCACUCCGGAGUCAAAGUACACGCAGCCAGACGCUGCUAACUUCAACUCCUGGAGGAGGCACCUUAAAUUAUCAGAGAAAAGCAGCCAGACUGAUAUUUUACACGCGUGGGAGGACGUGAAGGCCAUGUUCAAUGGGGGCAGCCGCAAGAGGACGAUGCCAGGCGCAGGGUCAGAAUCUAGCUCACCUCUAAAGUCCCACGGUCCAAGUCUUCACCGACAGUCCCCUGAUAUACCUGCAAAGAUCCUCAGCUGUGAGGAGAACAGGGUCAGCAUGGGCCCACGCAGCUACCCGGUCAUCCCUGUCCCAAGUAAAGGCUUUGGCAUGCUGCAAAAAAUCCCGCCUCCUCUCUUCCCUCACCCGUACGGCUUCCCAGCGUUUGGCCUCUGCCCGAAGAAAGACGACAACAUCCUCGGCGAGCAAAGCAAGGCCGGCCUCCCGGGGGUCCUGUGGCCUGGUACCAAGGACAGCGGCUACCCUUCUUUUCCCGUCUUCUGGCCCGCUGCAGGUUCUCUGCCGAUGCCUCCUUACACCCAGAGCCCACACAAACCUCCACCCGAGCUGCUGCCUCUUCAUAGACACACAGACGUGGACAUUUCCGAGCCCAGCGACCGGAGCACCAACACGUCCAAAGACAGCAUAGCCGAGAAUGAGCGGUGCUCCAGCACGCAGUCCACGCGGAACGAGGACGACAAGUCCGGGGAUGAGGGGAGGCCCUUGGAAGGGAACACCUUACCCCCACGGAAGGUCAGCUACGUGUCUGCCUUCCGGCCCGUCGUUAAAGACGCGGACUGCAUCGCCAAGUUAUACGGCAACCGAGGCGCAUACACUCGCACCGGUUACUUAUCACCUGACUUUUUAAGCGAGAGCUCCAGCUACCGUUCAAUGUCUCCGUGCGUGGACAGCGACGGCGAAGCCGACGUGGACGUGGAGACCAACAAAACACCAGAGGACGAGGAUGACUGCAGGCCCCUGUCCUUGAUGUGUCCCCGUUCUCCUCCCGGGCUCACCCACAGUGUGUCAUCGAAUGAUUCAGACUGCAAGGAGGCACAACGGGAGACGACUCUGCUUGAGUCCCAGAAAGUGGGGCCACGCGUGGACGCCCAGUCCUGUGACAGAGAAGUGCAGAGCAAACAGUUAGCAGAGACCCACAUUGCUGCUGCAACUUUCAGCCAAGUGUACACACAGGACAGAAGCGAGCUGCAACAAAGGAGCAGUCCGUAUCAUUUCAGACCCGCAAGCUACCAGCCUGCAGGGAUUACAACACAUGAUGAGGUUGCAAGUAAAGAGGAGCCGUCUUCCACGGUGGAGGAGGUGGAAACCAAAUCUUUUAGUGAACAAAGCAGCGAAGAAAACCAACGAGAGCUGAACGAUGACGAUGAAGACGCAGAGAGAGCUCUGCAAGCACAAAGAAACAUACAGGCUUUGGCAAAAGAGGAACUACAGAAGCAGCUCUUAGAGCAGGUUGAGCUGAGGAAAAAGCUGGAACGUGAAUUUCAACAUUUAAAAGAUAACUUCCAAGAUCAGAUGAAGAGAGAGCUGUCCUACAGGGAGGAGAUGGUACAGCAGUUACAUAUUGUUAGAGAAGCUCACGACGCGUUGCACCAUUUCUCCUGCAAGAUGUUAACCCCUCGUCACUGCACUGGGUCGUGUACCUUCAAGUCUCCUCUACUUCCACCGUGAACACUCGCCUAAUGUGGAACCUCCGGGAAAAAAAAAAAUCCUCCCCACUCCAAUGUGCGAGGAACAGACUUAUCCCCCCCUCCCCUGUAAUUAGUUGUAAUAUUUAUUGAUUGGUUGUAAUAUUUAUUAUUAAAAUGUAAUGUAAUAUUCAGCAUUUCGUUUGAAACCAUUGAUAUUUAUUAUUUGUGGCAACGUGCAAUUGCAAUGUGUGUAUCUUGUAAUAGCUAUUAGCGGUGGUUAUUUCUGUUAAAGGCAGUUUCAAAAUCUUUCACUCUUGUGAUUGCAGGUAAUAUUCCGUUAAUUCUUUAUUCUGACUUCAUUUCGAAUAGCCUAUCAUGCACUUUAAAUGAGUGAAACCACACAAAUACGUAAAUCUAAUUGUAAAUGUUUUUUGAUGACCUUAUUGGCUUUCUCUUG